AUGAUCUGUCGAAUUAGCAUCGGUUCAAUGUAAUUAGCCUAUUCGGCUUUUACAGAAAACACUUUUUCAUCAAAUCAAGGUUGGAGUGUGAUUGGAGGGAGCCCAGGAUAUGAUUCAAGAGACGGCUCAUCAAUCUUUGGAGGGAAUAAUUUUUUUGGAGCUGGGGUUUCUAUCUAUAAGUUAAUUUUAAUAUCAGCAUCUCAUCACACAGUGAAAUUAAAGUUGAAGAUUUGGGCAAUAAAUGCUUGGGAUAAUGAAAUGAUUUAAACAAAGAUAAAUGGAGAAAUCAUUGAUGAAUAGACCGUGAGUUCAAAUUUAGCAAAUUCUUUUGGACAAUAUUUAUAUUAGGAAAUAAUUGUUUCUCAUAUCUAAAGGUCAUUAAUUUUGGAAAUCACGUCUACUUUAUAAGCUCCUUCUUUAUAAAAAUACUGGGGAAUCAGAGAUAUUUAUAUUUAUACUUACAACUGUCCAGUAGGAUGCACUUUUUGUACCUACCUCGACGUUGAUGCUUCUCAAUGCAAACCGUAUAUUUUAAAGAUGAGCUAUUUUACAAGCUUUAGUUUCUAUUCUAACGAAGUGAAAAUGUGUGCGAUUGUAACUAAUCAAUUAUAUUUGACAGAGAUAUCAACUUUUGGAAAAUACUCUACAGGAACUACAUUAACUAGACAGUAUUUUCUUGAUCCUCAUUAUUAACUGAGAAUAACGUUUCAGUUUUGGAAGUUUGAUGCACUGCAAAAUUCCCAGUAUUAAUUACAGUUAGAUAACUCUGUUAUUUGGAUCGAUUCUCAAAAAAAAUAUUAGACGCUUUCUCUUUGUGGAAGUAGUACAAAACCAGAGCAAUAUUAUGAUGUUGAUAUAACAGUCAAUCACACUAAUCAAUAUUUAACGUUUUCAUUUGUGAGUGAUACUAUAUCACCAACAGAUUCAAUUGGAAUCAGAGAGUUUAAUGUAUAUAUGUUAGCAUGUGAGUCACCAUGUACUUUAUGUUCUCCAGGAUUAGGUUCAUCUUGUAUCACAGGAACCAAACUAACAUAGAGUGAAAUAGAAAAUGAUUUAACGUUAAAUUCUUUUGCAAGCCAAUUAUCUUGGGGAAGCUAUGUUCCUUCAGAUGCUACUGGGUAAAUCUCGAAAUCCUUUUUGACUGAUUCUUAUUUCCUUAAUAUGAAUUACCUCUCUUUAUACAAUCUCUUAUAUAAAGACUUCGUGUUGGAAGAUCAUGAAAAGAUCAAGAUUAUAUUCUAAGUUUACUCCUCUGGUCCUCAACAGAAUAUAAAUUUGAAAAUCGAUGAAGAUUAUGACGAAAUUGUAUAGAUAGGUUAAAAUGAUCCAUCUACUUCUGGUACUUGCACAACUACUUUGCAAUAUGAUCUAGAAGAUUACUCAUAUUUCGAAUACACAUUUGACCACACAGCUAAUUUUGUGAGAGUUUAGUUUGAAUCAACUCCAUAUAGUUCUGGAAACUAUAGAUAUGGAUUUAAUUAAUUCAAGAUCUACUCAAUCAGCCAGGAUUGUUCUACUACUCCCUGUACAUAAGUGGAAAAAUUAGUUAAUUCCAAUUUUUUUACUACAACAUUUUCAGAUCCAAAAAAUUGGCAAUUAUUGACUUAUUCACCAAUUGCAGUAACUACAUGUGAUUCAAAAAGUGUUGCUGGAGGAAUUAGUAUAGGAAACAAAAAUAUUUUCAUAUAAAAGCGUGUGUCCCUCACCUAAAGUCACUCAAUUUUGAGACUUUAAUUAAGUGUUUACUUCUUGGAAGCCUGGGUUCCCACUAAAUCCCUAAGAAUCUUGGCUGACAAAGUCAUUAUUUGGGAUUAAAGCGUAGACUAUCAUACUAAUCUCUAAAACCUGUGUUCUUCCAACACUUCUUAUAAGGAUUAAAUAGUUACUGUGGAUGUGUCAUUCACGCAUAAUAAAGGCACAGUAAUCUUUUAAAUUAUUAUUUAAAAUGGAGAUGGCAGUGAAUACUUUGCGAUUAGGGAUUAUCAUUUAUAUUACAGUUCCUGA